UCUCUGCCAACCUUUCCAUCCAUACAAAGCAACUGUGAAUUGUGAUGAGUUAUGUUAGUCUCUUACGAGAACUGUAUAAAAGGGUGACUGGCUUUAUAGAGAAGGACACUAUCACUCACUCUUCUCGCUAAUGGUAUGACAUACAUUCCCGGUUCCUUUUGCUUCCUCGCACAUACUGGUAUGAGCAUCACAAUUUGUUUUAGUUUCUCUUAUGGUAUUUUAGUGCAUUCUUUUUUCUAAUAUAGGAUGCCAGAGAAUUGAUGUUCUGCUUGAUCUCCACUUUGUAUUUGGAAAUAUUUUCUGUAUCUAUAUGGGCACAUGCCCACGUUAACGAAAUAUACAAAUUUACGAUUGAUUCUGUCUUUUUAGUUACAGAAUCUCAACACACAGCCAUACUGCAUCAUCAUAAUGCACGCAUCCUUCUUUUUUCGGAAAGGGGAUAACCCCGGCUUCUGCAUCAUCCUGAUGCACACAGCCAUCCUGUAUUGUCCUUUUGCCAGUUUGCAAUGCCUUGCUUCUAAAGAGAGUUGCACAAUAUAAUCUUUUCUGAUUUCCUUGAUCUUUACUGACACGUGGUGAGCUUGAUUUGCAGAAUGAUGUCCAACGGCAAGCCGACAGAAAACAGUGAUUCUUCUUACAUGUCAGGCAUACUGGCCAGCUGCCUACUCAGGGCAAUGCAGCCGACAAGGAGUUUACUUCGCUGGACCGACGAUCUCCAUAAGAUCUUCGUGGAAGCUGUAGAGUAUCAAGGAGGCCCCUAUGAGGCGAAGCCAACUGCGGUGAAGCAGAGAAUGGAAGCUAUGGGAGUCACAGGCCUGACAAUCUGGAACAUAAAAAGCCACUUCCAAAGAUACAGGGAGAAGUGCAAUUUAGGAGCCGAACCUCCUCGGGAUGUCCUAGGCACUGCAUCACCAAGCAAGGCAGGAGAUAAUGUGACAUCUGAGGCCGAGACGGUGGUGGACAGUGAUGCAGCAAUGAAUCUGACUGGAAUGGAGAUGGCGACCUAUUUGCUUAUGGAUGACACGGAGAUGGUGGAUACCGCAUUUUCUGCCGAUGAGUUGCAGAUGAUGGAGAAGGAAUUGAUGAAUGCAAUCCAGGCAUGAAUGAAUUGUGCAGCAUUGUUCUCGGAAAACCUAGUUACCAUGUUUGCUCCUUGUAAGAUGGGGUGCGCCGGCCACUGUGAAAAAUAAAUUUAACGUCGUUGUGUGCACAUGUCCCACAUAUCAAAUAUUAAACUGAUAAGAACUGCUUCGCGGUCGGAC